AUGAGGCAUGUGCCCAAGAAGCGCUCAGAGACUCGAGCGGCAGCUUCCAGCAAGCCCAGAGCACCAAGUGCUGGAGAGAGAGAAGCAGCCACCCUCACCAGCUCCGUCACUGGGGAAAUUGGGCUGGCUGCCAUCGCCAGGAGCUUCUGCGUCAUUUUCCCUGUCAUCUUCCUUGUCAAGCGGCUGACCUUCUGCCAGCGCAACAUCCUCCCUCACACCUACUGUGAGCACAUGGGCAUUGCCCGGCUGGCUUGCUCCGACAUCACUGUCAACAUCUGGUACGGCUUCAUGGUGGCCAUUCUGGCUAUUGGCCUGGACACCUUGCUCAUUGCAGCAUCGUACGCUCUGAUCCUGAGGGCCGUCUUCUGGCUCCCUUCCAAAGAGGCCCGGUGGAAGGCCCUCAGCACCUGCGGGUCCCAUAUCUGCAUCAUCCUGAUCUUCUACACACCUGCGUUUUUUUCAUUCUUUGCCCAUCGCUUUGGUCACCACAUCCCAGGUUACAUUCACAUCUCCCUGGCCACAUUAUAUGUACUUGUCCCCCCCAUGCUAAAUCCCAUUGUUUAUGGGGUGAAAACCAAGGAGAUCCUGAGAAGAGUGACCAGGCUGUUCUGCCCACGAUUCACUAGGCCAGGUAGCUAA